CGCUAUCCACUGGUCAGUACAUGACACACUAUUGGCCGCGGAACAACCGCUUCGAUCGAGGAACAAUUCGUUCGUAGGAAUAAAAAAAUUUCUGCUCGCGCGGUUCGAUGCGAUAGAAACUGCAAUACAACGUGCGCGCGUUAAAAAUCUGAAAAGCCGCUCGACUGUCGCUCCGUUUCGUUUCAUGUUGUCCGUUCCUCGAUCGGCAAGGUAUUUCAAAGGAGAAAAGAACGAGCGUUCGUAAAAUUUGUGAUUGAAAUUUUCAGGAAUAAAAAUACUUGGACUUGUGAAGAUACCUCUUUAAUGAUACUCAAAGGUCAGAUCAGAAGGAUAUAAGGAAGAGGCGAUCGCGGGCGCGGUGGUAUGCCGAGAAUUGAUUUAACUGUGAACCAGACCAGUUAAACCAGUUAGACGAAUGUCGCUGGUGGUUGGCAUAGAUUCAGCGUUAAAUUAAUCAGACGCGUUAAGUCCGUCAUCAUGUUCGACAGUGUAAAAGUUCGAAGCCUAUCGAGGGGAUUGCACGGACAGGCUGCCUUCGAAGUGUCCUCUGUCGUGCCUCCGUAAGGGCUCGGAGUACACGACCCUGACCACCACCGCAUUUCUUCGAGCGGGGUUGAGUCGUGUCCCAUCCAUAAUUGAACGGCCAUCUAACCGACACGAAGCCACCACUAUUCAAGCUAUCAGCAUUGAUCGGUGUUCAUUUUCCUGCGAUUAACUAUCGGAUGCGAUCAGGGCGAUUCGACACGGUGGUAGCAGCACGGCAGAUAUUUCAAGUAUCUCAAAUAUCUGAGAUCUGAGAGAUGUCAGGCAUCAUCUCGAAAUGAUUCUCUUGAGGAGCGAACGAUUCUUCUCGACUUUGCGCGCGAAUUACUGAUCAAUCGUCUCCCGACAGUCAUCGCGAUAAUUCGCCGUUUUUGGAGAUAGAAAGAUGUCAUCGGAUCGACUGACGAUCCGAGCAUUGUCUGUCGAAAGUCUUCCGACCUGCGUGAACGUACCUUGAAAGAAACUUAAGAGAAGAUCGACAUGGAUGAUAGCAAGCUGCAAGUAGACGAUGACAGCCAGGUAUACUUAGCAUCGUUCCAAAAUUCGGUUUUGCAUCCCUCGCAUGUGAGAAUAUUUCUCAUACAUAACCACGGUUCGAGACGCGGCAGUUGGAGCACCUUUCUUCAUCCUGACGAGAAUAGCCCGGUCGAGCAUCAGUCCAACGACGACAAAACGACUAGCCCUUCGGGAAACAUCUCGUCUCACGGGUCCUCGGUCAGAUCGACACCGGUGAAGACCGUCAGAUCGUGCAACGGGCAAAGAUCCCCGGAAUUGUUUUACUUGAAUAACAGGGAGAUCAUUUACGAGCCUGAGAAAAAUGGUCUGCCAUUCGGGGGGACGCCCAGUAUCAAGAGGAGAGUGUCGAGAUCCAGUGUGUACCCAUCCGGAACCAACUUGAUCACGCAGGAUGCUUUCGAUCAAGGUCCUAGGCUCACGGCACCAACGACUCCAGAGAUCAAUCCAUCGUUACCGGGAACACCGGUUUCGGUGGACUUUGCCGAGACCACGGGAGAUUCAUUGCCGCCGAAGGAGACGGGGAUCGAUCUUGAGACACUUUAUUUUCGUGAUGGCCAUCGAAGGAUCGAUAUGAUACUGGUCUAUCAGGAAGAGAAUGAAGGUGUGAUGACCGAGCUGGAGGCUCGUCGGCGAGAGCAGAGGCGGGUGUUUCAACAGAAUCUCUUAAAAGAGGGACUGCAGCUUGAACUGGAACCUAAGGAGAAUUCGUUUGAUGGGAAAACAUAUUUUCUGAAAUUACAUAUACCGUGGAAGAUAAAAGUGCAAUACGCUGACGUGAUAGGUCUGAAACUACCAACGAAGAGAUUCAAGACGAUUCCCAUGAAGACUUGGGAGGAGGACACAGACGGUGCCAAAGAAAUAUCCAAGAUCUGGGAGAGGUGGCUGCGCUGGACAGAGUGGAUACGCAAGAUACACACUUGGGAUACGACAAAGUAUUCCGAGGAACCGAACUUUUACGACUAUAUAGAUUCCAGCGAUCGCGAGGAGAGAUUUAUCGUGAAAGAGAGAGACAAUGCUUAUACGCCUGCCCAAAGAUCGUUGAUAGUGAUGCAGAUAUUAUCACGCGCGAGAUAUGACGAGACCAAUGAAAAGUCGGGUAUUCGCAGGCUUUUAGCGGACGGAACGUAUGUCGACUGUUUUCCUUUGCACGAGGGUCCUUAUAAUAGGCCUCUGCGCAACGGAGAAAUCCUUGAUAGGCAUCUGUUGUACUUAAUAUGGGCAAGGCCCUCGCAAUUCUACAAAAAGCAGCCGCUGUGGCUAAUUAGACGGUAUUUUGGCGAAAAAGUUGCCCUCUAUUUCGCGUGGCUGGGAUUUUACACGAAAAGCUUGUAUCCACCAGCGGUGGUGGGACUCCUGUGCUUCAUUUAUGGCCUUGGAAGCAUGGACGGCGAGGACAAUGUUCCCAGCAAGGAAAUUUGCGAUCCUGAUUUAGCUGGAAAUAUCACUCUAUGUCCUCUUUGCGAUAAAGCAUGCACCUAUCAAAAACUAGGCGACUCCUGCCUAUUCUCGAAACUGACUUACCUAUUUGACAAUCCCGCGACUGUCUUCUUCGCCAUUUUUAUGUCUUUCUGGGCCACUACGUUUCUCGAGCUUUGGAAGCGGCGACAAGCCGUGCUAGUUUGGGAAUGGGAUCUUCAGAACACCGACUACAACGAAGAGCCCAGACCUGAAUUCGAGGCGUCCGUUAAAACAUUCCGAAUAAAUCCCGUGACGAAGGAGAAAGAACCAUAUAUGCCCGUGUUUUCCAAAGCCAUACGGUAUCUCGCCACCGGCUCGUUAGUAUUUUUCAUGAUUUGCGUGGUUCUUGGUGCAGUUUUGGGAACGAUCGUGUACCGCAUCUCGUUGGUCGCCGUCUUUUACGGUGGCGGCGGUACUUUCUUGAAAAGACACGCGAAAAUAUUCACUUCCAUGACUGCCGCCCUCAUCAACUUGGUGAUAAUUAUGAUACUCACGCGAAUAUAUCACCGAUUGGCGCGGUGGAUGGUCAACAUGGAGAAUCCGAGAACGCAAACGGAAUACGAAUCCAGCUUUACGUUUAAGAUCUUUCUAUUCGAGUUCGUCAACUUUUACUCUUCCUUGAUUUACAUCGCCUUCUUCAAGGGGAGAUUUUUCGUCCAUCCCGGAGACGCGGACGCGAGAUCAUCAGAGUUUUACCGCAUCAAGACGGACGUGUGCGAUCCCGCUGGUUGCCUCUCGGAAGUCUGUAUCCAGCUCGCGAUUAUAAUGGUCGGCAAGCAAUGCUUCAACAAUUUCCUCGAGAUUCUGUCGCCGAAAAUGUGGAAUUGGUGGCGCAAAAGAACGCAGGUCGCGGCGACCACGAAUCACGACAGAAGGUACACCUGUUGGGAGAAAGAUUAUCAGCUUCAAGAUCCAGGAAGAUUGGCUUUGUUCGACGAGUAUUUAGAAAUGAUUCUGCAAUAUGGAUUUGUGACGUUAUUCGUGGCAGCGUUUCCAUUAGCACCUCUAUUCGCUUUGUUGAAUAAUAUCGCCGAGAUAAGAUUGGACGCGUACAAAAUGGUAAAGGAAGCCCGAAGACCGUUGGCUGAACGGGUGGAAGACAUCGGGGCUUGGUUUGGUAUUCUUCGUGGCGUUACCUAUGUGGCGGUCGUGUCUAACGCCUUCGUUAUCGCGUACACAUCUGACUUUAUUCCGCGUAGCGUGUACGCGUUCGUUUAUUCGCCCACUGAUGAUCUAGUGGGUUACAUCGAUAGCUCUUUGUCUGAAUUCAAUACUUCCGAUUAUCGUGACGACAUGAAGAGCGACGUGGACGACGAACAUCCAGAGACAUGUCAAUACAGGGGCUAUAGAAACGGUCCGGAUGACAUCCAUGAGCCUUACGGACUCAGCCCGCAGUACUGGCACGUGUUCGCCGCGCGUUUAGCUUUCGUCGUCAUUUUCGAGCACCUUGUUUUUGCGCUUACCGGCAUUAUGAGUUACGUGAUACCGGCUGUGCCACACUCCCUGACUACUCAGAUACAACGCGAACGACUGAUCGCUCAGGAAGAGAAAUACGAAAAGGAGAUCAGGGGGAAGGAGGACGAUGACGAUAUACUUUCCGUCUUGAGAGAGGCCGGAAGCAUCGGCAGAGGAAGCUGGGCCAGGCGAUUCAGUAAACUGAGCGACAUUCUGGAUGGUCACGCUGACGGUGGCGUCAGGCACAGCAGGCGCAGCGACAACUCCACAGUAUGGGAAGUCCCGUGAUACUGGACGUGGAUCUCUUAUGUCAUUCGCGCAUUCCAACCAAGAUUCAAUUACAUAUGUAAGAAUAAUAAGAAAUAAAGCCAAACAUCGUAUUUG